AGAUUUUUGUAAUCUUUUAAUUUAGUUUGAUUCUCAACAUAACGUUUUAAAGAAGUUUUAAAAAAUGAGUAAUGAAGAACUUUUGGAUAAUUCACAGCCGAUUUUAUACUCUUAUUGGCGCUCUAGCUGCUCAUGGAGGGUGAGAAUAUGUUUAAAUCUCAAAGAGAUCCCUUACGAUAUCAAGCCAAUAAGCCUGAUUAAAUCUGGUGGCGAACAACAUUGCAAUGAGUACAGGGAAGUGAAUCCAAUGGAACAAGUUCCAGCAUUACAAAUUGACGGCCACACACUGAUCGAAUCAAUGUCAAUAAUGCAGUACUUAGAAGAGACUCGACCGCAACGAGCUUUACUUCCUCAAGAUUUCCAUAAACGCGCAAAAGUCAGAGAAUUAUGUGAAGUCAUUUCAUCAGGAAUUCAACCAUUGCAGAAUCUUAUCGUUCUUAUUCAUGUUGGAGAAGAAAAGAAGAAAGAAUGGGCUCAACAUUGGAUAACCAGAGGUUUCCGAGCCAUUGAAAAGCUUCUUUCAACAAGUGCUGGAAAAUAUUGUGUUGGUGAUGACAUCACGUUAGCUGAUUGUUGUCUUGUACCACAAGUGUUCAACGCGAGACGAUUUCAUGUAGAUCUUAGACCUUAUCCAAUUAUCUUACGGAUAGAUCGAGAGCUCGAAGGUCAUCCAGCAUUCCGAGCAGCUCAUCCUGCAAAUCAACCAGAUUCACCGCCUGAAAUGACCAAAUAAUCCAACAAUUGACAGAGAUCUUGAUCAACUUGGCCAACAAUCAUUCUUUUAAACAUUGUUGCAAUACAUUUUUCGUUGCAGCAUCCUUUGAACUAUAUCAACAAUUAAUAAACUUUCGGAUUCAUCGAUUAAGAGUAAAUUUUUAUCUCAAAAAUAAUUCCGUACAAAGAUUUCUGUAAAUGUUCACAAGUUUGAAGAAAACAAUAAAAAAAUAUUUAAUAAAAACAUUCAAAAGUGGUAUAAAUGAAGUGAUUUGAUU